GCACGUGAGUGAUAUAAUGAGUGAACGAGUGAGGAUGUAUAUUGCGUUACAGAUGACUUCUGCCAAUUGCAUAGCGUUAAAGAACGUCGUCUGCUCAUUUUGACAGAUAUAUUUUUAAUUAAAUGAGUAAAUUUUUCUUAGUAAUUGCGCCGAGCUUGUUUCAAUUAUGUUAGUUAUUGUUGUUUAAAUUAUAUCGGAUAUAUUAAUUAUAAAAAUAUAAAAUUAUAUGAAACUAUUAAAAGGUGAUAAUAUUAUCGUCUGCUUGACAGCUGCACAAGUUCAGAAGUUAGCGCUAAAGCAUGAAUAACUAUAUGGUGUUAAAAGUAUAUAAUUAUAAAUACAAUGGAGCAAUGUGAAGAUCAUGAUAUAUCCAAUACAAUAAAUGUUACUAAGGCAAAUAUUUCACCUAAAUCGAAACAAAAAAAAAAAUCUCUUUGUCGCAUGCUUUUGAAUAAAAAAACUAAAGUGGGAUGCUUGGAAACAUCUUACAAAGAUGGUGAUUCAAACAAAAAUUCUAAGAUGGAAAAUUCCCAAUAUGGAUCUCAUACUAGUACAAAACUUUCCUUAUGUUGUGCAAUGACUGAACGCAGCAGAACGCCGCCACAGAGUUUAACUAUUAGCAGAUUAUCUCCAACUACAUUAAGUCGUACAUCUGUUAAAUCUGAAGUAGCUUCUAUUAAUGGAAAUAGUCACAUGGAUAUAACAGUAGAAAAAGAAGAAAUGUAUGUAGCAAGUGGAACGCAAGAUGUUCAAGAAUUUAUUACAGAAAGAAGUAAUGUCAAUGCAGGAAAAGAACAACGACGAAGUGCAUUUGUUGAAGAGUCAACAGAAGAUUCAUUUGAGGAAUCAUCAGAAAAUGGAAGCGAACGACUAAAUGAUUACGAAAGAUAUGAUAAGAGUUUAAAGGAUCAAUAUUUUACAAAAGGAAAAUAUAUCACUUAUUUCUUUUUGGAAAUGGAACGGCAUUUCUGCGAUUCUACUGAAGUUUACAAUAUGAUUCAGUAUGAUGAAUCUAAUACGACUGAAAAACCAGGGAACGAAGGUGAAUUUUUAUCUUCUGGAUUCAUCUCUCCAAGUUUUUCUGCAUAUUUAAAGCAAAAGUUAAGUCAUAGACGAUCAAUGAAUAAUUUAGUAGUAAGUUCUCCAACAAAUUCCAUGCGACAUUCAAGUCCAGAAUCUGUAAAAAGUGCAUCUGUGCAAAUUAAACCACGAUCUACGUCUCAUGAAGCUUUAUUUAAAAAUAAGAAGUACCAUGAAUUUCAAACAGCUAGAGCAUCUAUGGAUAGUUUAGCUAAACAAGCAUUGUUAGCUGUGCAAGUUCUUAAUUUAAUUCCUACGCAAAAGGCACGAGAAAGAAAUUUUCUUCAUGGAAGAAUUGCAGCAAAUUCAUUGCUUGGGCCAGUAGAACUUGAAAAAGUAUUACCAAAUCGUGAAUUAAAAAUUUUUAUUGGAACAUGGAAUAUGAAUGGACAAAAUCCUCCAAAACAGUUGAAUGAUUUUAUGCUACCUUCGGAUAUAGAAACUGUACCAGAUUUGUUAGCGAUUGGAACACAAGAAUCAUGUUCUGAACGAAAUGAAUGGGAAGCAGCUUUACAAGAGACUCUUGGUCCUUCUCAUGUAUUACUCUGUAGUACUAGCUUAGGAACGUUACAUCUUGCUAUUUUUUUAAGAAGAGAUUUAAUCUGGUUCUGUUCUAUUCCUGAAGACGACAAUUUUUCAACUAGAACAGGCACUGCUUUUAGGACGAAGGGGGCGGUAGCGAUUGCUUUAAUGUUAUUUGGUACAAGCUUUCUUUUUAUUACUGCGCAUUUGACUGCGCAUCAAGAUAAAGUGAAAGAACGAAUACACGAUAUUAAAAGGAUAGUUAGAAAUCUUGAUCUUCCUAAAGAUUUACCUACAAAACAUAAAAGUAAAGAUGUGACUCAAAAUUUUGAUUGUGUGUUCUGGUGUGGUGAUUUAAAUUUUCGACUGACUCAGCCACGAGAAGAGGUUAUCCAGUGGGUUACGAAUACAUGCUUUCCUCAGCAGUCACCUGUAAAUUUAAAUAAAGACCAAUUACGAACAAUUCUUAAUGAAGGAACCGUUUUACGUGGUUUUGAAGAAGCACCAAUUACAUUUCCUCCUACUUAUAAAUAUGACCCCGGAACACAAAAUUUUGACUCGAGUAGCAAACAACGCACACCUGCAUAUACUGAUCGAAUUCUUUUUAAGGGAAAAGGGUACACAAGAGGAUAUAUGCGAAGAGUUAGUCAUGAAAGUUCUAAUUCGCAUAAAGAUGGCAUUAUAGAAUGUUUGGUUUAUGACUCUGUUCCAAGUAUUUGUACUUCGGAUCACAAACCUGUAUGGGGUGUUUUUAAGACUAUCAUAAGACCUGGUAUUGAUACAAUUCCUCUGGGCGGAGGUUUAUUUAAUCGUGAAGUAUAUUUAGAAGGUAUAAAAAGGCGAGCAGCUGCUAUGGACGAAUCUCAAGGAACUUCAAAAGUAUGUUCAAUUCAAUAAACCAAAAUAACACAAAUUUCAUAGAAAAAAAUUUCGUACUGAUAGAUUUGUAUGACAUAAACACUGUACAUUUAUUCAUUAUAAUUUUUUAAUAUUAAAAUAUUACAAUAAUUAUUGUACUUUUACAAUUAGUACUGAUUCUUUUUUGUACGACUUAUGUGUCCUAGAUCUUUUCGUACAAGCUUCGUCGGUAGAUUGUAUAGGUAAAAAUAGGGCUAAAAUGUCAUAAAUAGUAACAAAAAGUUCUUAAAUGGUUUAUUACCAAGUUAUAAUAGAAAAAUGGAACGCGAUGUAAAUAUUUAAUAAACCACUAUGGACAUUUUGUUAAUGAUAUUUGUCUUAUUUUGAUCUACAAAACGCACUAGUGAAUUUUUAUAUCGAAAAGCUUAGGACAUCCUAUAUCACUGUUCAUUACUUUUUGGUAUAAACAGUAAACAAUGUUUUUCUAGUACAGUUUAUAGAGUAUAUUAAUGCAUAAUAUUUACUUUUAACAUCUGCUCAAGAUGAAAAUACCAGUAAACUCUUAAUUCGUGUAACAAAUAUAAUACUAAACAUCAUAGACACAUGUACCAUUUAUAAUAAAAUAAAAACAAAUGAAGGAAGAAA